AUGAAGUAUUGCGGCGCGUCGCGAAGUAGUGUCAGUCAGGCGUGUGGACGACUGUUGUUAUUGUUUUUCCAUCGCCACUAACGAAGGUGGGGUCGCUAUUCGAGCAUUCGUGAACUGAACACGGCGAUUUUUUCUUUGGGUAGAAAAGUAACAAACGAGAAAAGCUUGAAACUUUUUCUGGUAAUGAUUUGCUGUGAAACUAGCAAUAAUAAUAAUAACAACCAACCCGCCACCAGCAAGUGUCAGCAGAAAGUGUGUGUUGUUUUGCUUCUUUCUCCGAAAGUUUACUCCGUGCUUUCGCGAGACUUUACUUCAACGAGAUCGGGCAGACACUUUGUUUCAGUUGUCAGACUGAGGGCUGUCUAAACUCGAUUCAUUUAAUUUAUGCAUUUAAUUUAGUGAUAGCCGCUAGUGUAGACGUGUCUCGGUUUCAUUGAGCUGCGAUAAAACAAAGUUUUGAUGCCUUUCCAUAAGUGAUAAGUGAGAUAUUUUCGUUCCGAGGAAACCAAACAAGUGUGUGAGUGAAGUGGAGUGGAAAUAGUGAUCGGAACUUUGGGGGAAAAUCGUGUCAGAGUUUUGCGUGUUUUGGUGUAAUCCAACCCAACCAUCCAUCAUCGCAGAAGCUGCACUCGAGUGUUUCGAAGGGUAUCUCUGUUGCUGAGCACGCAAUAGUCACUUCCACUGCAAAAGAGGAAGCUGAAGUGAGUCAUUCUCGCGUCUGAGGCGAGCGACGUUUGCAAAACUGCGACGUGAAAAAGCAUCAAAAUCGAUAAUUUUCUCGCAGUUUCGGCUCUUCUUCCCUUUACGUAGCAAAUCAGAGGAUGAACGAUUACAGCUACAGUUACAACUCGAAGAGACAUUUUGCCUUCGACAUGGACAUGGAAGUUGAGACGGAAACAUCCAAGCUGAAAACGACACCCGGUAACGAAUCCCCCGGCAUUCACAAUGUAGCCGGCGCGGGUACAGGAAGAGGUGUCGGCUUGGUUGCCACUCUCAGCUUGUCGCAGGAGAAUCUCGCCAAAGGACUGCCCAACGAAAUCUCGGCCCCAUACGAAGUGCCCCAGUUUCCGAUCGAACAGAUUGAGAACAAAUUGCAGCUGCAGCGGCAGCUGAAUGCAAAGGUUAUGGAACAGGACCGCCACUCGAUCGCAGCGGAAAUCCACCCGGACGAGCAGAUUCCCUUCGACGAGCAUGACUUUGUGGCUCACUUCCAGCGUGUUUCCAUCUCGGGAGAGGACACCAGCGGCGUCCCGCUGGACGAUCUGGAACGGGCCUCGACACUGCUGGUGAAGGCUCUGGAGCUGCGAGAGAAGUACAUGCGAACCUCCCACCAGGCCUUCCUCCAUACGACGGCACGCUUCCUCAAGUCGACACAUCCGGAAAAGUACGCCCACCAGGAGAAGAAAUCGAUCGCGGAUCACCCAGUGAACCCCCCGGAGAGCACCCAGUCACCGUGGCUUAUCGAUUUUCCGGAUGAUUGUAAUUACACGAUCCAGCCGAAACGGGGCGUGUUCGAGGUGUUCCGGGACGCCGAUUGCAAGGAGCAACUUCCCUACUCGUACACCAAACUGCCGGACUUCGUCCAGGACAUGCAAAUGAUGUGCUCGAUGAUCGCCGACGGUCCCCUCAAGUCGUUCUGCUACCGUCGCCUGAGCUACCUCUACUCGAAGUUCCAACUGCACGUACUGCUGAACGAACUGCGCGAAUUGGCCUCGCAGAAAGCGGUUCCGCACAGAGAUUUCUACAACAUCCGCAAGGUGGACACGCACAUCCACGCCGCGAGCUGUAUGAAUCAGAAACAUCUGUUGCGAUUCAUCAAGAAAACACUGAAGAAAUGUGCUGACGAAGUGGUUACGGUGACCAAGGGCCAGCCGAUGACACUGGCGCAGGUGUUCCAGUCAAUGAAUCUGACAACGUACGAUCUGACGGUGGAUAUGCUGGAUGUUCACGCGGACCGGAACACCUUCCAUCGGUUCGAUAAGUUCAACGCAAAGUACAAUCCGAUCGGAGAGUCACGGCUGAGAGAGGUGUUCAUGAAGACGGAUAACUACCUGAACGGGAAGUAUUUCGCCAACAUCAUCAAAGAGGUGGCGAGCGAUUUCGAGGAGAGCAAGUAUCAAAAUGCCGAGCUGCGGCUGUCCAUCUAUGGUAAAUCGCCGGACGAAUGGUUCAAGCUGGCCAAGUGGGCCAUCGAUGGGGAUGUCUACUCCAACAAUAUCCGCUGGUUGAUUCAGAUUCCUAGACUCUAUGACAUCUUCAAAACCAACAAGUUAAUGACCUCGUUCCAGCAAAUUCUGGACAACGUUUUCAAACCACUCUUCGAUGCAACCAACAAUCCAAGCCAGCACCCCGAGUUGCAUAAGUUUCUGCAGUACGUGAUUGGUUUCGACUCCGUAGACGACGAAUCCAAACCGGAGAAUCCACUGUUCGACGGAGACGUGGCCACGCCGGACCAGUGGUUGGGCGACGAGAAUCCCCCGUACGCGUACUACAUUUACUACAUGUAUGCCAACAUGACCGUGCUGAAUUCCUUCCGAGCAGAUCGCGGCAUGAACACCUUCGUACUGCGACCUCACUGUGGCGAGGCGGGACCGGUACAGCAUUUAGUGUGCGGCUAUCUGAUGGCAGAGAAUAUCUCCCAUGGGUUGCUGCUGCGGAAGGUUCCGGUCUUGCAAUAUUUGUACUAUCUCGCACAAAUCGGUAUCGCCAUGUCCCCACUGUCCAAUAAUUCGCUUUUCCUCAACUACGAUCGGAACCCAUUCCCUGAGUACCUGGCGCGCGGAUUGGUGGUAUCUCUCUCAACGGAUGACCCGUUGCAGUUCCACUAUACGAAGGAACCGCUGAUGGAAGAGUACAGCAUUGCCGCCCAGGUGUGGAAAUUGAGCUCGUGCGACAUGUGCGAGUUGGCCCGGAACAGUGUUCUGAUGAGUGGCUUCCCGCAUAAGAUGAAACAGCACUGGUUGGGACCGAACUACACACGCGAAGGUGUCGCCGGAAAUGAUAUCACCCGCACCAAUGUGCCGGACAUCCGGGUAGCGUUCCGCUACGAGUCACUGCUGGACGAGCUUUCCAAUAUCUUCAAAGUGAACAGCGAGCAGGCUCUUGGCUUGUCGUCCAUGUAAGGCCUUCUUCCCUUUUUUCUCUGUCUCAAUAUUUUUCUCUUCAAUCAAUGGGGUUAAAAAUUGCGGGAUAUUGUUGACGCAAGACACACACACUCGUGUGUGUGUGUGUGUGCGAGUGAAUGCUGUGAACCAUAGAGACCAAGCGAAGGCGAAACGAAAGUUGUGGCACUGAUUGUAACACCUGAAGUUGAUUUGUACCAACAAUUUAGGACUUUGAGAUGACUUUAUAUAUUGUUAAGUAAAAAAGUGUAUCCGUGUAAUCUGGAACUUUAUAUCCAGCUAUUCAUUAUCUGUGUUUUCAUCACCUUCUAGAAGCGGGUUUACGAGUUGUGUAUUGGUAUAAACUUAACUCUACUUUGUUGUCGAUAAAAGCUUACAACCCGCACAAGUUUGAUGUGUUAGCUGUUUCAGUAGCGAUAUUCAUUAUGUAUUACACGUUUUGAUGUAAUAUAUUUGUACUCACACAUUGGAAA